UGGUGUGGUUAUUUUAGAGUUGAUCACUGGGAGAAGGACUACAGAUAUGAUGUUAGAAGAUAAAGGCCUCGUUGAAUGGGCAAGGCCUCUUCUUAAAGGAAAGAAGUACUCACAAUUGGUGGAUCCCAUAAUCAGAAACUCAUACGAAGAGGACCACUUUCGUUGGCUGGUCCAAGUAACAACACAAUGUCUAAAAAAGAAUCCUAAGGAAAGAUUAUCAAUGAGUGUGGUUGUUUCUUCAUUACAAGGCAUAGCAGAAAGUGAACUCUGCCACAUGACAGAAGACAUUACUCCAGCUAUAUCAGAUUCAAGAAUUGUGCCAGAUAUAUAUGGUUCACAAGGUCUAACAACAGCAAAAGCUGGUCAGCCAAGUCUGGAAAAGGAGCAAAUUGAGAGCAGAUUCUAUGGGGAGGAAAAUAAGUUAAGACUAAUAGUUGAGAACACUCACUUUUACAUGAUAAGUCAGAGGGACUCUGAUAAACUGAGCCAGACUGAAGAACAGAUGCAGAGAAGGCCUCAAGGGGAGGAGAGGAUCUCAGGAAAGAUGAUAAUCAAUGACCACACGAAGGACCAGAUGGUAGUUGGUCAGCCAAAUGAGUUAGAGGAACAGAUGUCAAACACCCUCUAUCGGGAAGACAUCACAACACAGAAAAUUAGCAUUAAUCACAUGAUAGAUCACACAAAUGGUGACAAGCUGAAGAAGAAUCUAGAAGAGGGAAGCAACUUUGCUGAGAUGAAGAUAGGCUUAAUACAAGCACCUACUAGUGGAAUGAUUGAACAAACAAAAGCAGAUCAGCCAGUCCAAGAUAAAACACAAAUGCAGAGAAGCUUCCAUGAGAAUUUACUGGAUGGACAUCAAGAUGAAACCAUUUUGGAGAGUUCGAAGUUCUCUGCAUGCUCCAUUUGCAAAAGGAGACGUCUGAACAUUGCAUGGCCAAAAAACUUUACUUAUGAUGAACUCCUAGUAGCUACAGAAGGAUUUUCAACCGAGAACUCCCUAUCUGAAAGUGAAGAUGGACCUACUUUCAAAGGCCUGCUAGAGAGACGGGAGAAAAUAGUUGUUAAGAAAUAUCAAAUUACUACGUCCCAUGAAGAGGUGUUAAAGUCAGAAGUACAGUUGCUCAACAGUGCUAGACAUAAAAAUAUGGUGACGCUGUUGGGUUCAUGUACAGAGAAUAGCCAACUGUUGAUUGUGUAUGAGCAAGUAUGCAACGGUUCACUUGACCAGUACCUAACAAGGGGAAGUUUCCAGUCAUUGACUUGGAAUCAAAGGCUGAAAGUAGCAAUGGGUACUGCCAGAGGUUUAAAGUACCUACAUGAGAAUAACAUAAUGCAUGGAAAUAUAAAACCUAGUAACAUUCUUUUAACACAUGACUUUGAACCAUUGAUUGGAGAUUUCAGCUUCAGAGAAGGGAGACUUGAUCAAAAGAAAUCCCGCAAAGAUAAAAGCGCAAGUAAUUCUGGAUAUACAGCACCUGAGUAUCUGGAGAAUGGGAAACUAUCAAAUAAGACAGAUGUGUACUCCUUCGGAGUGGUUCUUUUAGAGCUGAUUACUGGCCGGAGGGCUAUGGACAAAUUACCUGGUGGGAAAGGCCUUGUUGGAUGGGCAAGGCCAUUACUGGGAGGAAAAAAGUACCCACAGUUGGUGGACCCGAAAAUCAUUAACUCCUAUGAGGAAGAAAAACUUCUAUGGUUGGUCCAAGUAACAGAACAAUGUCUCAGAAAGAAUCCCAAGGAAAGAUUUACAAUGAAUAUGGUUGUAUCUGCACUGCAAGGCAUAGCAGAAUCAGAUGAGUGUUGUGUAAUUGAAUAUUCUUCCCCAGAAAAGUCAUGUUUAACACAUGAUGAUCCUGCUACGGUUAGGAUACAAGGUCAAAUGAAGGCUGAUCCAGUGAAGCAGGAACAAGAAUGGAUUGACAGAAACCAAUAUGAGGAUGAAAGAAACCUAAGAUUACCAGUCAAAACCAAUCACAUGAUAGAUCAGAGAAAUGCAGAUCAGCUGAUACAGGGUGGAGAAAAUGUGCAAAGCAGCCCUCAUGAGGAAAUGUCCACAGUAGCAGUUACCAUCAAUGACAAGAUUGAUCAGAUAAACUCUGACCUACAAAUCAAGGAAAAACAGCAUAUAAAGGGAAGCUUCCACAUAGAAGAAAUGGAUAAAAAAGUAGAAAAAGAACAAAAGGUUAGCAAGGAUAAAAAACAAGUGCAGGGAAGCUGUGAUGAGGAUUUGUUGGAUGGGAAUGAAGCCAAAAUCAUUUUGGAGAAUUCAAAGUUUUUUAUAUGCUCAAUCUGCAAAAGUAGGCGUCCAAACAGUGGAUUGCAAAAGAAAUAUACUUAUGAAGAACUUCAAGUUGCCACAGAAGGAUUUUCAAUUAAGUAUUCUCUAUCUGAAGGAGAAUAUGGACCUGUUUUCAGAGGCCAGUUAGAGAAUAACCAGGAAAUAGUUAUUAAGCAACAUGCAUUCACAAGCUUACAGGAACAGAAGGCGUUCAUGUCAGAAUUCCAAGUGCUCAUAAAUGCAAGACACGAAAACGUGAUCAUGCUGUUGGGUUCCUGUAUUAGAUUAAGUCAGUUGCUGGUUGUAUAUGAGAAGGCAUGCAAUGGUUCACUUGAUCAGUACUUAUCAAGGGGAAGCGGUAGAUCAUUGACUUGGGGGGAAAGGGUGAAAGUUGCAAUAGGUGUUGCCAGAGGUUUAAAAUAUCUACAUGAGAACAAUAUAAUACAUGGAAGAAUAAAACCGAGUAACAUUCUUCUAAAUCAUGACUUCAAACCACUGGUAGGAGAUUUUGCGCUUGGAAAAGAAAGAUGUGAAUUGCAGAGUCCCUACAAGCAUAAAAAUAUGCGAAAUUGUGGAUACACUGCCCCAGAGUGUCACGAGGGUGGAAAACUAUCAACUAAGGCAGAUGUAUACUCUUUUGGUGUAGUUCUUGUGGAGUUGAUCACUGGACGUAUGAUUACAGAUAAAAUACAUUCACAGAAAUGUCUUGUUGAAUGUGCAAGGAACCUUCUUGGAGGAAGAAAGUUUCUACAGUUGGUGGAUCCCGAACUCAGCAGCUCCUAUGAUGAACAAGAACUUCUUUCCUUGAUCCAUGUAACAGAACAUUGUCUAAAAAAGAAUCCAAAGGAAAGGUUAACAAUGAAUAUGGUUGUCUCAGCACUGCCAUGUCUAGUAGAUAGCAAUAAAAUCCAUGUAGAGGAACACUUAUCACCAGAAAAUUCAAGUGUCUCUGAGGAGGAGCAGGAGGAACCAUUGAAAGAAGAUUUAGGCACAGAGAACAACAGUGAAGAAAAAGAGGACAACAUAAAAUGUAAUAGACACUACAAUGAAACAAAAGUUAAUCAAAAGUGUGACAUCAACUCAACAAAUUGUGAUUGUGAAAGUAGAGAGAAAACAGAAGAAAAAGAAAGGGCAAGCACCAAGAUAAGUUGGGAAGGGUGUUCAUCUUAUGUUGGAGCAAGAGAAUUUUACCUCGAUGGAGCCCAAGAAUAUACAGUAUGUGAAGAAUUUUUCGGCUGGUGUGAUUCAAUUUGAGUAUUGAGUAUUUCUCUUAACAUUACACAAAUCAUUUACACAUUUGUUUUGUAGCAAUAU